AAAAUGCCUUCAUCAGACGCGUUGCUUGGUUUUGCUGCAGACAACCCAUACUUUCAGGCUGGUUUCGGUCUCUUGGGCGUUGGCGCGGCAAUGACGCUUGCCCGGACUGGAUCUAUCUGGGCAGCAACCGCUCUCCGGAGGCGGAUGCUUGUUUCUCUUGAAAUCGACAACCGAGACCGCGCUUAUGAGUGGUUUCUGGCCUGGAUGGCGCAUCGGACGAAUCCCAACAUUCCGACGCGUGCUGCUAGGUGGAUUCGCAGUCACGAGCUAAGCGUUGCCACCAUGAUUGAACGCCGUCCCAACGGCAGCUCUUCUGUCUUUUUUCAGCUUGUCGCUGGUCCUGGCACUCAUUGGUUCAAAUACAAAGGCGCGUGGAUGCAGGUUAAACGACAGCGAGAGACGCGUUCCAUGAUGGGCGGCCAGCAAACGGGCAUGUCUGUCCCUUGGGAAACCGUUACAUUAACCACACUGUCUCGCGACCGAACGUUGUUUCCUCAGCUACUCGCGGAGGCACGUGAUCUAGGUAUGCGUGGUCAGGAAGGCAAACUUGUGAUCCACACCGCCUGGGGAAUCGAGUGGCGUCCAUUUGGCAAACCACGCCGUAAACGCCCGCUAAAGAGUGUAGUCUUAGAGUCCGGGCUGGGUGAGAAGAUCGAGCAAGACAUCAAGUCUUUUCUCGGACGACGGCAGUGGUAUGCUGACCGCGGUGUGCCAUAUCGACGUGCCUAUCUUCUUCAUGGCCCGCCUGGGUCCGGGAAAACUUCGUUCAUUCAGGCAUUGGCUGGCUCGUUAUCAUACGAUAUCUGUAUCGUCAACCUUUCCGAACGAGGCUUGGCCGAUGACAAGCUGAACCAUCUUCUGUCUAAUGUACCCGAGCGCAGCUUUGUUCUUAUCGAGGACAUUGAUGCAGCUUUCAAUAAGCGUGUCCAGACCACUGCCGACGGAUACCAAUCCUCCAUCACGUUCUCUGGAUUUUUAAAUGCACUAGAUGGUGUCGCCUCCGGGGAAGAGCGAAUCGUGUUUAUGACGACCAAUCACGUUGACAAAUUAGAUCCUGCUCUGAUUCGCCCAGGCAGAGUCGAUUUCAUGGCUCUAGUCGAUGAUGCGUCGUCUCAACAAGCGCGCACGCUUUUUGAAAACUUUUACAGCGGAAUUGAUCUCCCUGUUGAUGAGUUUGCUAGACUGGCACACCAGGUCGAAGAAGUUGUUCAAAAAAAUCAAGAACAAGGUCGGAAGGUCAGCAUGGCCGCUCUGCAAGGUCACUUCAUUCGGAAUCCAGCGAACGAAGCGGUUUCGCUCCUCGGGGACUUGUUUCACGCAUGA